AUGUUUGCAGAGAGGUCGAGGCUGGACGGCCGCACGGAGCGGAGAUGCUUUGCUCCGGCUACUUUGAUAAGUCCUUUAGCUAAUAUGCCUCUGGAGCUACACUUUGCCGUGCUCGCUUAUGAUAGGAUGUCAGCUCAGCGAAAUGCACAAACCGCUGACUUGGCUAAGUCGAUCUAUCAGAAGUAUAUCUCCCUUCGGACUGCAUCCAGUUGCUUCAGUUUCAUACCCCACAAGUUGCGACAAGAGAUCGGUAUCCGACUGAAGCAAACUGGCUCCGCUUUUCCGGAUGCUCGGCUUUUUUCGCCUAUAUUGCCAUAUCUGGAUUCAUUUCUGCGGCAGCAACACGAGCAGUUCGUUUGUUCCGAGGAAUUUCUGGACGCGUUUAACCGGGUGAACAUGGGUGUUGAGGAGGCUGGGGACAAUAUAUCAGAGCGUCGUCGAUCCAGCGGAAGCAAGAAACCACAGCUCACUGCAGAAAUGUUGAUGAAAUCACGACAUGAUCGGGAGCACGUCCUAGGAGAGAGGAAAGAUCUUAUAAGGCUAGUGACGUUUACGUAA